UCCCGAUACAGAACUCUAAUUUCUUGAUAGCAAAAAUGGCAGAAACAUACACACUCUCUUUGACGGCCGAGGACCGUGAGAGGUAUUUAAAGAAGCUACUGGAUACGGUGUUUACAGAGGUUUCCCUUUGAAAUUGUCGAAAAUUGGAUUAAUAACCCCACGCAGUGGCCAAAUACGUUACCAUUAUCUCGUGGAAUCACCAAGUAGCCUAUUUUUGUCAUUAACAAACUCACAGUAUGAUAAACUAGACGAUGAGGCCAUGUCAAAAGGAGUCGGUGGUUUACUUGGAUCAUAUUUCACUUGAUUUAAGCUAUUGACAGUUUUGUUGUAGUUAGAAAUACGAAGCUGCUAGUGGCUACGUGAUUAACGUUAGCUCUGAUUAGGCAUGCUACCUUGGCUGUUAACUUAUUUUAAGUUUGAAAUAUUCGCAGGCUAGGACAAAAAUAUAUAAAUAUUAUACAAUAUCUGUUUGUAAUUGUGUCUAACAGGCCUGUAUACAUCAGAAACAAUGAAAAACAAAAGGUCCCUGGAGCGGGUUCUGUAUCAGGAAUCCGUUUGUUUUCCCCCAAAAAGGGGCGUUACCCUUCAAUGACGCAAAAGUAGCGUUGGUCUAUCUGACGUCAGACGAAACGCACACGCUCCCUUACCGUUUAUUUUAUUUUUUAAAUUAGCAGAAUUGUUUUUUAAAAAGUCGUUUAUUUUUAUUUUUUCAUUAUUGGGUUCAAUUAGAAAAGCGAAAGAACGAAUGAUACACGUAUUGUUUACUCAUCAGUUCCCCUCAGUUUCUUUCAAAAACGAAACCUAGAUUGAAAGUUGCCUGGAUGAUUCAUUUUUACAAUGAACGCCUGCCAUUUGUUAAUAGUUUUAUUGCUGGUGUCUAAUAUAACAUUAUCUUCAGGUUUUGUGGAGGUGUUCGCGGCUGUCGCAUCUUAUGUGUUUUACACAUUUUUUGACUGGGACGAUUUGCUGGCUUUUGAUCCUAAACGUUUGGAGAAAGAUUUAAGAGACUCUCUCUUCGGGCAGCACAUUGUGUCCGACAUUGUACUGAAAGCUGUAACAUCAUUUAUGACUGACAGCAAUCCGAACAAACCGCUGGUCCUCUCUUUCCAUGGGACUUCAGGAGUUGGGAAAAAUCAUGUUGCUCAAAUCAUUGCAAAAAACAUUUAUGAAAAUGGGAUAGAAAGCUACCAUGUUCACACAUAUAUAUCUGAGCAUCAUUUUCCGCACAAAGAAAAGUCAGACUUAUACAAAGCACAGUUAAAGCAGGAGAUUUAUAAAAGUGUUUCAAGUUUUCCCCGCUCCAUGUUCAUAUUUGAUGAAAUGGACAAGAUGCAACCACAGCUGAUCGAUGUCAUAAAACCUUUCCUAGACUACAAACUCAGUGUAGAUGGAGUGUCAUUCCGCAAUGCAAUCUUCAUUUUUCUCAGUAAUGCAGGUGGGAAUGUGAUUACUGAAGUGGCUCUGGAUCUCUGGAGAGAAGGCAUUUGUCGGGAAGAGCUUUGGAUGAACCGCAAGAAACUGGAGCCUAAGAUCUUUAGAAACAUUUUCAAUGAUAAGAACAGUGGAUUUCUGCACUCCAGUAUGAUAGAUGAGCAUCUGAUUGAUUACUAUGUUCCUUUCCUGCCUCUAAUGCUGAAGCAUGUGCGUCAGUGUGUCAUGGCUGAGAUGAGCCAUCUGAAAAUCAAACCAAACUAUGAGCUGGCAGAUAAAGUAGCCAGAGAAAUGCCUUUCUUUCCUGAAAAAGAAAGAAUCUUUUCUGCUAAAGGCUGCAAGUCUGUCAGACAGAAGUUGGCUCUGUAUGACAAUUAAUAGAUUAACAACUUUAUCUUUUUAACUUUUUAACAUACAGUUGCACAGAAAUUAUCACUCCUUUGUAUUAACUUAUUAAUAUUUCAGUCUUGAUGAUUUACACUGCUAGGAGUCUGGGUUGGAGGCACUAUUAUAUUAAACAUUUUAAUCUA